AUGGUCGAGCAAGUGAAGAUGCAGCACGACGAAAUGAAGUCAAUGUUCGUCACUUUUUGCUACAGUCAAGGCGAUGCCGUCCAGGACGCCAGCAAAGAUCAUUAUGAUCAGCUGAGCAGCGAUGUGCAAAGGUUUGCCUCAGAUGAAGAGAAAGGCAACACAUUCACCUUUUGGUUCACAAGGUACGGAGGUCAUACGGAAUUGUUGCUAGACAACAAGAAGCGCCAUCUGGUCCUCAUGAAGCUAAAUGAGGAAUGA